AAUAACGCAAACAGGACUUCUUAUCGAUUCCUCAAUAGAUAUCUGUUAUCUCACAUAAAAAGCAUAUAUAUUCUACAACCACCGUGAAGGAGAAUAGUUUUGAGGGAAGCGCCACAACAUUUUAGUUAUUCGAGCAUCCACUUUGAGCAUGCUAAAUAUUAUGGCCUUGAUGGCCACUAUGGUAGGAACCGUAUUUUGUGACUGCUACGGAGAGGGCAAAGGUAUUCAUCAUAUCAAUGAUUGUACAGGGACGUUUUAUGGAGGUGGUGGUGGUAUGUACUAUUUCACUGAUGGACCGAAAAGAUUUAUUGCGGGUAGUGGUGGUUCCUACUAUGGAGAUGCAGGUGCAGACGAAUUUAGUGCUGGUCAAUCAGGUGAUUAUCAUUUUGGUGCUGCUAGAUCAAAUCAUCUCAAAGGACAAGGAGUUGUACAAGGAGGUUCUGGAGGUGUUUACUACUUGCCCCAUGGAUAUGGAACGGUGUAUAGAGCCAGUGGUGGCGUUUAUUAUGGAGAUUCUGGCGGAAAUGGAAUGAGUAAAAGUACCGGAGGUACUUUCAUUAUUAGAGCUUCCGAUAUAGAGGUAUAAGUUAAUGAUAUUUGCAUCAUUUAUUGUUAAGAGAUAUGAAACUACAUUGAAUAUUACAUUAUAAUAUU